UUCCAACAAGAAAACCAAAAAAACCCCUCCAAGGCUCCAACGAGCGCGACGAAGGCGGGCGACCCAACUCCUCCCUUUCUCUCUAAUCGCAUAGGCACAGCCGGCAACCCACCGGUGAAGAAAGACAACAGCAGUCGACGACUACCGCCUGAUUCCGGCGACGGCUGGAACAAAGGUAAGAAAAGCGAACCGUUUUUUUACUCGUCCUUGGUCUCGUCUUUCUCAAAAACCACGAUUGAAAUUCCUUUGACGUACCGUGUAUGGAAAUUUAAUUGUUCUGUUAAUAAAGAACGCCGCCUCCGCCGUCGUACUCCUUCAUUUCCCGAUUAUUCGAACCGUCGUGCCGAGUGCCGACAACGGUAAGUGGGCCUGAAUGGGCGAAUCUGGGCUUUUUUCCCCCGGUUGUCAAAUUUGAAAAAUAGAAGAGCUUUCGCUUUUGGGCCUGGACUAGAUAAAUAUAAUAAACAAAUGGUCCACGUCAGAAAGUUCGUAUGUUUGUUUCAUUUACAUGUGAAGGGAACAUGGGAAUGACGUCGCGUUUCUAUUGAUCACAUUGUAUGAAAGUUGAGGUGUCGAUUUGUGAAUGAAAGUUUGUUCCUUUUUUCCGACCGCUUUCCAUGUCUACAUCUAAGCUAAACUUGAAGCUUGGUUCUUUCUCUCCCAGUAAACACAAGAGUGGAAGCCACUUAAAACACCCAAUCAUGGCGUCGUCUGAUCCUAACCCAGACCAGAAGCAACUUAGUGGUGGUGGGAAAUUUGUGCCAAACGAGCAUAACGUGCUGCAGAAGCAUGUCAUGUUCUUCGACAGGAACCACGAUGGAAUCAUAUAUCCUUGGGAGACCUUCCAAGGUUUUCGGGCAAUUGGGUGUGGGUUCUUGCUAUCUUCAGCAGCAGCUAUCUUCAUCAACCUUGGCCUCAGCAGCAAGACUCGCCCUGGGAGAUUUCCGUCUCUGUUGCUCCCUAUUGAGAUAAGGAACAUCCAAAGGAGUAAACAUGGGAGUGACUCUGGUGCCUAUGACUCUGAAGGAAGGUUCGUGCCUGCAAAGUUUGAAGAGAUAUUUGCUAAGCAUGCUCGGUCACAUCCGAAUGCCUUGACAUCGGAUGAACUCGGGGAGAUGUUGAAGCAUAACCGAGAACCGAAAGACUAUGCUGGAUGGUUGGCUAGUUAUUCGGAAUGGAAGAUUCUGUUCCUGCUAGCCAAGGACAAAGAUGGGUUGCUGCACAAAGACACAGCUCGAGCUGUUUACGAUGGGAGCCUAUUUGAACAUAUGGAGAGGGAGAGGCAAUCGUCCAAAAACAGGACCUAACAGACCUCUGUUUCAUCAGCUGCGGAUCUGAACUUAAAAUUCUUUGAUUGGUCAAGUACUGUUGCUACGAAUUUGUGGUGGUACGUUCAUUAUUGAACUGUGUACCAGGCAGCAAUGGUGGUGGUAAAUAACUGGGAAGUGAGUGUGUGGCCGUGGGGGAUAUUCCCCAUGUGUGUGUAUCCUAAUUGUUCUGUGUUUAUGUGUAAUUCCGUCUGUAAAAGUGGUGGUGUUAACUGUUAAUGAUAUCAAUGGUGGUGUCUGGUGUGUUCCAAAGGGCAAAGGUGGAAGGCUAGUUUUAGAAUUGAAUGCCACUCUAAGUCUCUAACGUGCUGUUGGGCACCAAUAAACCGUUGACCUAGAU